UGAAAAAAAUGCGGAUGCAGAGCGUUGGUCCCGCUCGUGCAAAACAACGUUGCCUCAACGUUGUAUUGCUCACCAGCCGAGCCGCACAGAAGCCCUUCUCGCCCUGCCAUGCUGCAGGGUGCGUUUUUCGAUAAAACGCAGCACGAGUUCGCCUGCGAUCAGACACGUCUUACAGCAGUACCAUACACCUCGACUUCCUGCUACCACCCAUCACAUCAUCGUUGACAUCUCCAUCAUGGCUGCAGAGGCUGGGACUCUCAAAGAGACGGGCAUACCUUUAUAUGUGGACAAGCUCGAGCGAUAUGGUGAGGUGAAGGACCUGCCGCCGUCGUUGAUAUUGCGCUUACUCCAGACCAACGGUGCCCCACCUGACAACCAACGGGAGGAGGUACGCUCGCUACUCCGCGACCCGAAAGCAGAGUUGGCGGCAGUAGAGAACGACAUAAACGACUUGCAGGCUCGUCUUGCAGACUACCAACGGAGAAAACGAGAGCUCAUUUCUUACGUAGAGGAUCUUGGUGCACUCCUCUCACCCAUUAGACGGAUGCCGCCCGAGAUCAUGGCGAGAAUAUUUGAGUUUUGUGGAGAUAUUGGCGCUCGUGGGCCCCACGCGGAACCCAGCAAGCGAGCGCCACUCCUAUUGGGAAGCGUAUGCCGUAGCUGGCGUGCUCUUUCUCUCGCGAUCCCUCGUCUGUGGACUACACUCUACCUCAGACUGCCUACCAGUGGCUCCUUUGUGAAACAAGAAGAGAUCCUGCAGGCUUGGCUGGAACGCUCGCGACCGUUCCCGAUAUCACUUUGGCUGUGGAAUGACUUCCUGACAGACGACAUUCCCGUGUCGUUCCUCCGGCAGCUCACCGAAGUCAUUGCUGAACAUUCUGAUAGAUGGAAAGCCAUCUUCAUUCACUUUCCUGCAUACGAUCCCGAUUGGGAAUACUUUGAUGCUCUGGUGCGCUGUCACUUCCCUAACCUAGAGGAGCUCGAAAUAUCACCUCAAUUCACUCCCUGGGCGCCGUUCAAACCGGAGCUGAUGCCACGGCUGCGUGAACUCCAAGUUCCUGCUGGUGCCAUGCCCGACAGUCACAGAACAUUGCCGUGGACGCAGCUUACCCAUCUGACCUUGCGUGGUGGCUACCGUACCACGGAUGUCACUGAGCUCCUCCAGAUCCUCUCAUGCGCACCCCACUUGUCAUAUCUCCACGUUGAGAUAUCGCAAUACCGAGCGGAAGGGAAAUGGGACGACACGCUGGAUCGCAUUACGAUGCCCUGCCUCAGCACUCUUGUACUCGUCACGAUCACGAACCAUGAGGAAUGCAUCGAUCAUUUUAUGGACGGCCUCGUACUCCCGCACUUGCGGGACUUCCAGAUGCUUACACGUGUCUGGGAUUGCAGCAGCAUGACUACGGCGUGGUGUCACGACUCCUUCCUGGCUCUCCUUUCCCGCUCCAAGUGCAGCAUCAACCAUUUUACCCUUCACGCGAUCAAUAUCAUUGGGUCGCAGCUUCGCGAGAUCGUGGAGCGGUGUCCUUCGCUCGUGCUCCUCAAGCUCCACGGGGCCCGGACACACGUUGUCCUGGGCGAGAUCAUCAAAGAUAUGAUCUAUGAUCACUCCGAAUAUGCAUCAUCUUUGCCUACCUCACCCUCGUCGGGCUCCCAGCAGGAUCGAGCCGGUCUUCCACUCGCGCCAUGGCUCAAGGCGCUCUCGCUCAGCUGUGAAUCCAUUGAUGCGCUCACAUACAAGGUUGACGACUCUGGGCUCACGUUCGAGGAGGCGUUCACGCGCAUGGUCAAGUCCCGUACUGUCCUGCGCACGCGCGACAGCAAGGUUCUCCAGCUCAAAUGGAUCCAUUGGACGAUCUGGUGGGAGUGGUAUAGGAGCUACUGUGUGUCGCCUGUCAAGGCGCACCCCGAUCCGGCUCUGGAGGAGCGGCUGAGCGAGUUGUGUGCUGGGGAGGUGGAUGUCGGUGUCUCCGCUGCUACGUACAAUAAGUACAAGCGGGUGUCUUAAACGGCUCCGAAGAACGAUUUCGUCGAGUUGUCGAUGGGAAGUUCUACAAUAAUAGGUUCAUCUUAGAAUGUAGACGUCCUAUAACAGACGAUUUAUCUCCUGGUUUUGAGAGGGCUUCACAGAUUCGCAGAA